AUGAAUUUCUCAAAUAAUCCUCAAAUCAAUACAAUAGUAUUUCUAAUAUUUAUUCUAAUUCUUUGUUUUCCCAAUUCUAUAGCAGAAUUUAUCUACACCGAAUCUAACCAAACAGAGGCAUCAAAACUCGAAACCUACAAAGACCGAACUAUUUUAGUUCGUGUUGUCAAGCAAAUUGGCAACGGGUGCCGAGAGCCAGAAUUAAGGUUGAGGAUUAUAUAUGAAAAUGGCACAGUAACACCAUUAAAUAUCAGUCAAGAAGAAUUAGGCAUACCUGUGUGGAAUUUCUGCAGGGUUGAAAUGGGAUAUCACAGGAUUAAAGGGAGCUACGCUUUAAGGAUUUACAGCUGGAUUCCCAAUUAUGUACUCAUAACGUAUAUGAAUGGGACAAGUUAUAACGAUCAAGAAAAUAUGUCUGUUUUUGCCAAAUUAAUCUCCUGGUCUGGUAAGGUUAUAGGUGAUGAAUACGUUGGGCCAGCUUACAUCGUCAAUGGAAUAAUUCAAUACCCCAUUGAAACACAUUUCGAUCGAGUGCAACCUGAAAGAGGAUUUUUCUAUGCUGACUUCUUAAGUGGAACAAACUUUAUAUAUUGGGUACACUUUAGCGCACCGGAUGAAAACGGGAUCAUUACCCGUCUUAAAGAUGGUACUAUUACAUUAAAAAAUAUGUUAUAUGGAAGUUUCUUCUACACAAUUCCCACAUUAGGCGGUGGUGAUUUUGGAAUUGUUAUUGUAAAUUCCACAAUAUCCUAUGAAAUUCCCGUCGAUGACAACCUUGACCCUCUACACAAACAACUACAAACAUACGCCAUCUUCAUUUCUUCAACAAAUUACGAACAACGUGGUCCCUAUUUACUGCAUAAUUUUGGAGCUACCCCUGCUUUAUCACUAAGAGAACUUACUUGUGGAAUCGACUAUUACGAGUUGAAGUAUAAUUGCUUCCUAGUGGUGAGAACUAAUCUCACCGAAAGGAGCCAUUUUCUUACGAAAAUUACGUUCACUGUUGACGGUUCAAAAACAUUUGACCAAACUUACGAAAAUAAUGAAAUAAACUCGCUGGACGUACACGAAAUAUAUAUGGAGAGUUUGUAUUAUGGAGGAUAUCUCUUAAUCCUCCAUCGAUACAAUGAGCUCAACGAUCAAGUUGAAGAACUGAAUGGUUACAUAUUUGAUAUGUCGGCAAACCUACAUGGACCUUGGCCAUUUGGUAAUCCAAUAAUAAAACCAGCCUUAGGAAGACGUAACGGAGUGUUGUUUACAAAUAAUACUUUGGUCACGCUUAAUCAAAAUUUAAACGAUUCAACUUGGUCAAUAAAAUCAAAACCUUUAACGAAUUUCGUUGAACUUGUACCGUAUAAGAAUCCGAACAUUGUUUCCACAGAUCCUCCAAAUAAUGAUCCUAAAACUCCUCUAAGAAAAGCAAACAUUACGAUUUUUUUCAAAAACGAGAUCGUUUUAUCGAAUGGAAACAUUACGAUCUUUCAAUAUCAAGAUUCAGAAUUGGUUCUGAAACAAAGUCAUCCCGGAUUACAUCCAAAUUGCAUUCUUGGAGAUGACCAUAAAUCGGUUACUAUCAAAAUGCUUGAUUCGAAUUUCAAUAUACCAAGCGCAACGUAUACUGUGGAACUUUCUCACGAAUUUUUUGUGGAUAAGCUAACUCGGCUAGCUCCUUUAGGACUACAGGCAGGAGAUUGGAUUUUCACUACUGAAAUUAAGUUGGAAGAAUACCCAGAUUCUCUUAAAGUUGUUCUUGGACUAACAGAAGACGCUUCUAUUUAUUUCAAGAAUUUAACUAAGAAGGAUAAAGUCGCAUUUUUAAAUCAAAUGUCAAUAGAUUUAACAGAAACUAUUCCGAUAGAACCAACGCGAUUCAUUCCAAUUCAAGAAACUCAAAAUCAUGAUCGGUGUAAUAAAGUUCUUAUUUCUAUUAGGAUUCGACAACGAGAUGAUCCAUUUAAAUUAAAUGGAAGAACGAUUAUCAAGGACUUGGAUACCCUGAUUAAAAAUAAAGAUAUUACAGGAAUAUCUCGUUUUGAAUCAAGUAAUAUGCUUGAUGAAAAUUUUGGUAGUGCUACCGGAAAAUCUUUUUCUGGAAGUUAUGAAGUUGAAGUCGGAUUUUUCGCAGCUUUUUUUAUUAUUGUCUUAAUCCUUCACAUUUGUGCAUAUAGUCUCGAAAUUUGGGGGAAUCGUGGACAAAAUUUUAUAGCGUUUAAAACUUCUUUGGCAACAGUAGAUAUUAUAUUCGAUGUAUGGUUUAUUGCAAAAUAUAGUUGUGAUAUUUAUGCUAUUUUUGUUGCAAGCAUUAUAAUCCUUGUUUGUUCUUGGACAAUUAAUUUCAUGUGUGCAUGUAUAAUAGUACGUGAUCUGCCCCCAGGUUUAAAUCGAGUUAAAUGCACGCUUGGAUUUAUCAUUGACGUUGAAUCCAUAAAACUUCAAUAUGGAAAUUGGAAUAAUAUUACAAAUAAGUAUACUAAAUACAGUUAUUGGUAUAAAUUUAUACUACAAGAUUUAUCGCAAUUAAUAAUUCAG